AUGGGUUCAUAUAAUGAUUCCGCUUUGCAUUGUUAUGACAUCGUAUCAUCAUUUGAUAAUGGAGAUCGAUCCUCCUCGGGCGUACUUGUAAACCUCACUGAAGAAAGCAUCUCAGCUUUGCAGUAUUUCUGUGAGGAAAUAACUAUUUCGGAAAUCGAAGACAAGUACAACAAGCCUCUGCCAUGGAUUGGCAUCUACAUCUCAAUAGCAUCAUUAUUUUGCGUUCUUGCUAUGGUAGUUGAUUUGUUCAAUGGUUUUCGAAAAAGGAAAUUCUGGUUUCCAUGUAAAGUUUUCUCUCUAAAUGCUGUUUCUAUCACAGUGAUAGCUGUCGCAAUGAAACUGCCUGUGGAUUUGAAUAGUCCAAUGCCAGGGUUUUUGGACCAAGCAGCUAAGCAGGGGAGCUUAGUUUUUAUGUGCAUGAUGAUGGCUAACUUAAUGCCUUCUUUGGCGUCUAUGGACAACAAGUCACUUCUUGCAAAUGUCAUAGGUUUGGCCAUUCUCAUUAUCACCAUAAUUGUGAAUAUAUAUAUGGAGAUUAAUACCGGUGUUAUUGUGCCAGCUGGUAUUGGUAUUAGCACGGCUCUUGAUAGAUACACUUUCAUGGAUGUAGGAUACAUCUACGUGGCUUUGUUACUCUUCUUACUAAUACUUUUGAUAUCUUCUGCUAUAACAGCUCCAUUAUCUAAGCAAAUUUUAGAACUCAAGUAUCAAGCCAUUAGCAAAACCAUAUUAUAUAAUCAUUGUCCUCAAGAUACAUUUGAUAUUGAGAAGCUAAGACAACAUGUGAAAAGAUAUUGGAUCAUGGCAGAAACCGGUAGUCCUCAAUUUGUGAUGGUUAGUUCUCCGUUAUCCUGUGCUUCCGGCAUAAUUUGUGUAAUUGCUGUAGCCAUAUACACACAUCUUCUGGUGUCAAUUUCUGUAGUGCCAAUUCAGCUAAGAUCCCUGUCGGAUUAUAAGUGGUCAAUGGUUGCCACUUUUAUCAUUCAGUCCAUUGGAGUUGUGGGUGUUAUUGCGCCAAUAUGUAGAAGUUUUAUGGUCGUGAGCUUCAAAUCUUUUUCUGGGUGGAGUAGGAACCAUUUGGAGGUUUUUAAAGUAGAGAAGUAUUGGACUCAAAAAUUGUGUGAAUGGAAAGAAAGUCGUAUAACUUUUCUAUCCGAUUGCCAUAGAGUAAAAAGUCUUCUGCGUAAUUUCAAAAACCUCAUUCUGAGCACUCUGAUUGGAUUUCAAAAGGCAGUUGUGGUAGCAUGUAAAAUUAUAGGGCUCAUCCCCGUGGUAGUUCUACUCAUUUUAAUGUAUUGUUCAUAUUAUUUCAAGUCACUGAAAGAAAUGAUGCUUAGUCCACCCUCUAGAAGUGACUACAUAGAUGAAGACCUAAGGAAGUGUGUUUUGUUGCUGGAAGACAAUAUGGAGCUUGCUGAACGAACACUCAAACGAAUUUCAAACUCCAUGAAUCGCUUGAUUCAAAAGGCAGAGAAGGAACAAGAUAACAACCUCUUAAAGUUUCUUGAUAAAUCUACUGGAUUCCAGGGAGUAGAGAAAUUUGAAAUUUAUCAAGUUCAACCUCUACUUUCUAUUGAACUUCCUAACAGUUGGAGCUUACCAAUCGUAACCUUAACGUGCAUCGCUGCUGCUCUCCCAAAUAUUGGUAAGGAUGCAACUAACUGGUUGAUCAAAUGUGUUGGUGAAGGUCUUUUUUACACCUGUGUUGUUGAGGAAAGCUUGAACAAUGGAUGUCAGUAUGUAAACAUUCAAAAGGCAGCUAUGACAUCGUGGGAUGAGGUAGAAGACAACCACAAGUGGUUAGGGAAAACUUUGGAAAAAAACGCUUACAAAGGAAAAACAUCAAGAGAGAUUCUUGAAUGGUUUGCUCACAAAGCAGAAGAAAUUGUGAUAGAAUUUAGCAAAAGCCUAAAUGGAGAAGAACCGGUGGAAUACCUUCCAAGGAAGUUGAUUGUUGCUAAUUCAAUGCACCGAAUUGCACAUUCAAUCAUGCUUACCUACCAAAGUAACAUCUUAGAGAUCACCGAAGAACAGCUGUUUACUCUAUUAUCUCACAUGAUUGCAGACAUAUUAGUUGCUUGUUUCACCAACAUGCCACGAGUCAUAGUAAUGAAAUGCCAUGAAAGUGCAAUAGAGAAACGUGAGGCUAGUGUUGAGGCUGCAACUAAGCUUCUUGGUAGGACUACUGAGAUAAUAAAAAGAAUUAAAAUGUAUGAACUACCAAACAUUGAUCAUGAUAAGAUGGCAUUUAUUGAUGAAUGGCGUCUUCAUUUGCAACGUAUCCCUUAG